AUGCUGUCGCCGCUCUCUUUAAAAACCUCGUCUGCGAUACUCGCAUUGCAUGACCUUGAUCCUGGAUGGAGUGAACGAAACGAAGAGGCUGAAUCUAAAGUUGUGGACACAGUGGUGAUGCUGCUAAGCAAAGAACUGCCAUGUGGCAGCGCAAAAACAAUGAAGCCUGAGAAGUCUCGUCGCAGGUUGCCACUUCGCACGCUCUCCAAACGCACGCACCACCCUCUUCUCCACCUUCGCCUCCUCUUCCUUUUUGUUCCCACCUAA